GUAGUGGUAGGUACCGGUUUGGCCGGUUUGACUACUGCUUUGCAAUUGCUAGAGAGGGGCCAUAAAGUAGUUUUACUAGAGAAGACUGCCAAAUUAGGUGGCAAUUCCAUCAAGGCAUCCUCCGGUAUUAAUGGAGUACCGACAGUUUUCCAGGGUUCUGACAGCAAUGAUUCCAUUGCUCUGUUUGUAGAGGAUACGCUUGCUUCUGGUAAAGGACUAUGUAACGAAGACUUGGUCCACCUUCUAGCUUCUAAUUCCAAAGAUGCCAUACAUUGGCUCACUCUGGAAGACCAUAUGAAUGUAGACUUGCUGUCAGUGAGUCGACUUGGAGGCCACAGCCAUGCUCGUACUCAUCGGGGAAACAGUAAGUUACCUCCUGGCUUUGCUAUCAUUUCGGCUCUCAGCAAGAAGUUGGAUGCACACAAUUCGCUUCUCACCUUGAUUAAGAAUGCCCGAUUGGACAAGAUCGUGCUCGAUAACAAGUUCCAUGUGGGCUCUAUAGAGUAUAUUGAUGAGAGCAACGUCCGUACUCUGUUGAAGGCUGACAACUUCGUCUUGGCUACUGGAGGUAUUUCAGCUGACUUUGACGAGAGUUCGAAUUCUCUUCUCAAAAAGUACCGUCCUGAUCUCCUCUCGUUCCCGCUGACCAACGGACAGCAAACCACAGGAGAUGGCCAGAAAAUUGCAGAAAGAGAUGUAGAUGCUAAGUUGAUUCAUAUGGAUCAUAUCCAAGUCCAUCCCACCGGGUUUGUCAAGCUCGACUCUGUCUCCGACAAAUGGAAAUUCUUAUGUGGAGAAGUGAUUCGAGGCAUCGGUGGAAUCUUGUUGUGUCCGCUGACUGGUAAUAGGUUCACUAACGAGCUUAGUACUCGUGACGUAGUGACCAAUGCAAUCAUCGACAACUGUAAGGUACCUAAGACAAACAAACUUGGCAUCAAGCCAGAACAAGCCGUCUCUGUUGUUGUAGUUAAUGGAGAGGAUUAUCUCAAGGCUAAGGACCACAUCAACUUUUAUGUGAGUCAAAACCUUUUGAGAAAGGGCACUGUUGCUGACUUACUUAUGUUAUUGAAAGAGUUGAAUCCUGAUUUGCACUUACUGGUAGACAACAUUGUUGCAUACUUUGAAGACUACAAUGGCAAGAUUAUCUCCAACAAUGAUCCACUUGGUCGUGCCCACUUUGGCUCCAACUUUGACUUGGGAGACGAUCUCUACUUUGGCUUGACCACACCUGUUCUUCAUUUCUCAAUGGGAGGAAUAGAAAUCAACACUGAUGGACAGGUUACCACUAAAGACAACUCUGUUGUAGACAAUUUGUAUGCUGCGGGAGAGGUAAGUGGAGGUGUCCAUGGUGGAAACAGACUAGGAGGGUCAUCGUUGUUGGAGUGUGUAGUCUUUGGUAAGGUCAUCAGCGACUCUAUCCACAAAAGAAGUACGUAG